AUGUCAGAUCUGCACCGCGACCUCCCACCCCAGGUGUCGAAGCCGCAUUAUGAAAAGACACUGGGGUACGCGGAAUCAGCUCGGCAGGAUAGUGCCACGGUUCUGGCUGGUGGCCAGCCAACAUCCAACAAGCCCCAUGGCAAGGGAUACUUCAUCGAUGCUACGGUGGUGGGUGACGUAAAACCUUCAAUGAAGGUAUACCAGGCUCAUAUUUUCGGUCCGUUUGCAGUGUUUUUCAAAUUCACUUCGGAAGAAGAAGUUAUGCAGGUGGCCGAGGAGACCGAGUACGGGCUUGCAGCCACACUGUUUAGGACAGACGUGACCCGGGUGAGGCUCCGAGCCGGAAAUAUUUGGAUAAACUCAAAUAAGAACAGUGUCUUCCGAGAUCCUUUGGGCGGGAUGAAACAGUCCGGAAUUGGAAGAGAGCGGGAGAGGCUGGUCUACAAGCAUACUCAACAAUCAAAGCUGUCCAUCUGA